GUAUCGAACAUCACAUGAAAAUAAUCAGCUUCGUAUCCAGCAUUGAGAAAGUGUUUACUCAGAUUUUUCUCGUUCAAUAUUUAACAAGCAUAAUAGUGAUAUGUAAUAUCGGAUUCCAGCUGGUCCAUGUGCACAUUCAAAGUAUUCAAUUUGUCAACAUGUGCUUUUAUUUCAUGGCGAUGAUAGUCCAGCUAAGCAUUUACUGUUGGAACGGAAAUGAAAUCAUUUUAAAAAGUACCGCUACCAGGGAUGCCUGCUACAAUUCAAAUUGGAUCAAAUGUGGAUCCAGUAUAAGAAAAAUGCUUUUUAUAAUAUCUGAAAGGAGCAAGAGACCUUUGUACUUAUCCGCCGGUAAAUUUUCCAAACUCUCUCUGGCAACGUUCACUUCUGUUAUAAACUCCUCAUAUUCGUAUUUCACUCUCAUGCAAAGAAUGGAUUCAAAAAACAAACAUUAGCAUAUAUGCUCUUUGUUAGAAUUUACAUUUUAUAGUUUUUAAUGUUUGGUCUGCUACGUCAUCACUGUA